AUGGAGCGUCGAUCGCGGAGCUGGGCCCUUGGCCUCAGCUUCAUCGGGUUCUUUGCCCUUCUCUUUUCACUAGGCUUCGUCCACCAAGUCAAGGCGGACGAUGUCGCCGACUACGGGACUGUGAUCGGUAUUGACUUGGGCACCACAUACUCAUGUGUUGGUGUAAUGCAAAAGGGCAAGGUCGAGAUUCUGGUCAACGAUCAAGGAAACCGUAUCACGCCCUCCUACGUUGCCUUCACCGAUGACGAGAGAUUGGUCGGAGACGCCGCCAAGAACCAGGCCGCGGCGAACCCGUUCAGGACAAUCUUCGAUAUCAAGCGUCUGAUCGGUCGCAAGUUCUCGGAGAAGGACGUCCAAAACGAUAUCAAGCACUUCCCCUACAAGGUCGUUUCCAAGGACGACAAGCCGGUUGUCAAGGUCGAGGUCGCUGGGUCUGAGAAGACUUUCACCCCCGAGGAGAUUUCCGCCAUGGUUCUCUCCAAGAUGAAGGAGACCGCCGAGGCCUACCUUGGCAAGAAGGUCACCCACGCCGUCGUCACUGUUCCGGCCUACUUCAACGACAACCAGCGCCAGGCCACCAAGGAUGCUGGUAUGAUCGCGGGGCUUAACGUUCUCCGUAUUGUCAACGAGCCCACCGCUGCCGCUAUCGCCUACGGUCUGGACAAGACCUCGGGUGAGCGUCAGAUCAUCGUAUACGACCUUGGUGGUGGCACUUUCGAUGUGUCUCUCCUUUCGAUUGACCAGGGUGUGUUCGAGGUCUUGGCUACCGCCGGUGACACCCAUCUCGGUGGUGAGGACUUCGACCAGCGUAUCAUCAACCACUUCGCCAAGACGUUCAACAAGAAGCACGGAGUCGACGUCACCACCGACGCCAAGGCCAUGGGCAAGCUCAAGCGCGAAGCCGAGAAGGCCAAGCGCACUCUGUCGAGCCAGAUGUCCACUCGCAUUGAGAUUGAGGCCUUCUUCCAGGGCAAGGACUUCAGCGAAACGCUGACCCGCGCCAAGUUCGAGGAGCUCAACAUGGAUCUCUUCAAGAAGACCCUGAAGCCUGUCGAGCAGGUGCUCAAGGAUGCCAAGGUCAGCAAGAGCGAGGUCGACGAUAUUGUCCUGGUUGGCGGCUCCACCCGUAUCCCCAAGGUGCAGGCCCUUAUCGAGGAGUUUUUUGGUGGCAAGCAGGCCAGUAAGGGUAUCAACCCCGAUGAGGCCGUUGCCUUCGGCGCCGCCGUCCAGGCCGGCGUCUUGAGCGGCGAGGAGGGCACCGAGGAGAUCGUCCUCAUGGAUGUCAACCCGCUUACCCUCGGUAUCGAGACGACUGGCGGUGUCAUGACCAAGCUUAUCCCCCGCAACACCCCUAUCCCGACCCGCAAGAGCCAGAUCUUCUCCACCGCCGCCGAUAACCAGCCGGUCGUCCUGAUCCAGGUGUACGAGGGCGAGCGUUCGAUGACCAAGGACAACAAUCUCCUCGGCAAGUUCGAGCUCACCGGCAUCCCCCCGGCUCCCCGCGGGGUGCCCCAGAUCGAGGUCUCGUUCGAGCUCGAUGCCAACGGUAUCCUCAAGGUCUCCGCCCACGACAAGGGCACUGGCAAGGGCGAGUCCAUCACUAUUACCAACGAUAAGGGCCGUCUCACCCAGGAGGAAAUUGAGCGCAUGGUCGCCGAGGCGGAGAAGUACGCCGAGGAGGACAAGGCCACCCGUGAGCGCAUUGAGGCUCGCAAUGGUCUGGAGAACUAUGCCUUCAGCCUGAAGAACCAGGUCAACGAUGAGGAGGGCCUGGGCAAGAAGAUUUCUGAGGAUGACAAGGAGACCAUCCUGGAGGCCGUCAAGGAGGCCCAGGACUGGCUUGAGGAGAACGCCGCUACCGCUACCACCGAGGACUUUGAAGAGCAGAAGGAGAAGCUGUCCAAUGUGGCGUAUCCCAUCACGAGCAAGCUGUACUCGGGCGGCGCUGCUGGUGGUGAUGACGAUGAGCCCGCGUCUCAUGACGAGCUUUGA